AUGAUUUGGUACUUCCUGUACCCACUCCGAGGAACAACGGAAGCUCCGGUCCUAGCACCUACUCAUCCUGUCCGUCGUGCUCUAUAUCGAUAUGGAUCAUAUGCUGCCAGCCAUGUUGUCACGACUCUCCUUGUCUCGGUAGUCGUGGCUACCAUACUAAUCUAUCCCAUCCCCUACCUAUUCACAAGUGACUACGUCAAUGGCGCAUCCAACCUACCACACCAUGUUUGGACUGUCGCUCAGCCGCUGCCUUACGGCGCGACCAUCUGCCCCGAUGUCAUGAUGCGCUCUAUCUGGGUUCACGGUAGUUACAUGCAGGCACUGAAGCAAGAUUUACUCGUUUCUGCUUUGGAGUUGCAGAAUGAACUGCUUGGAAGCACCGAGAACUUCAGUCCCAUCCGGGCCCGAAAUGUUGCUCGUUCUUUACCUGAACCUGGUACCGAUCUUUCAACAAAUCAACGAGAUGCUUUCCAUGCCAUCAAUGGUUUGAACAAUCAGUCCUGGUUCUUUCACUCACCACUUCAGUACUGGGAUUGCAUCGAGGAGAAUAUCCUGGCCGAUCCUGCUAUUCUGACAACCGUCAACGACAAAAAGACUCAGUCCACCUCGGUCAAUGUCACCCUUAGACAUUCCAUCGUUUUCAGUGGGAAAAGGUUCGAAGAAAGACGUAUCGUCGCUGCCGAUGCUCUUGUUAUCACAUUGAUCUACCUACGGGACUCGCCCGUGGGCAAACAAUGGGAGAGAAAAGCCGCCUUCCUUCCAGACAAGGUGUCCAGCAAAUGGGACAUCUACCCACCCGAUGGCCGAUCUACCAUGAGCCAACUCUACGAAUUUCAAUUUCGUCCUAUAUCAAGCCAAGAUACGGCCAUUCUAGCUGUCGCAUAUGGGUUGACCGCCAUCUAUUUCCUCAUGAGUUUGUCUAAAUUGCGGGCUUUCAAGUCCAAGUUUGGUCUCAUCAUCACUGUUAUAUCCCAUAUCGCUUUCUCCGUCAUGUCCAGCUUCACCGUUUGCGCCAUCUUCAGACUGGAUUUGUCACGGAUUCCCAGAGCAGCUUAUCCAUUAGUCGUCCUCUCCAUGAGUCUUGAGAACAUUUUUAGACUCAUCAACGCCGUUAUCAUUGCUCCCGCCGAAGACUCGACAAGCAAUCGUAUUGGUCAGGCUUUUGGAGAGACUGCUCAUACAGCCAUCACUAGCUCACUGCAAAAUGUCUUUCUUCUGUUGCUGCUCUCUCGCUGGGUAUCCCCCGGUGUUUCGGCUUUCUGCAUGUUUGUAGCCGUUGCGAUUGGCUUUGACCUUUUUUACCUCUCAACCUUCUUCUUGUCCGUCCUCAGCGUUGACGUCCGACGUACGGAGCUCAGUGAUGCGCUUGCAAAAGCUUCAAUACGCCAUUACCGUGGAGAAUCCGAUUUUAAACCACGAGGAACAUGGGAGCUCGUUCUCCAAGGCAAAGCGACUCUGUCAACACGAAUAGCAGGCACUGUUAUCAUGCUUGGCUUUAUAUUCAUCGCCCAGUGGCACUUCUUUGAAGCUGCCGCGAUUGUCAACUUUUUAAAGCACUUAUAUCAGGGUCAUGGUGCGUUGGAGAAUAGCAGCUCGCCACAAACCUCACUGGACUCAAUUCACCAAGCGAGAAGCCCAAAAUCCUGGCUGAGACUACAAGAUCACGAGACAGCUCAGGAGAUUAUCAGCAUCAUCAAACCUACAGCCCAUAGCUACGUUGCGAGGGUCUAUGAGCCCGUUGUAUUCGUCAUGAAGGGUUCGGAUCGUAUGCCUCACUACAAGGAACCAACUCUACUCCCAGCACUUUACGACUUUAUUAACCACCAACUCACCCGAUUCGUCGUCAUUAUUCUGGUAGUCAUUGCCGGUCUUCGACUAUUGACAACCUUUCUUUUGUGGGAAGACGAAGCUAACGACGAUGAUCGACACUCGGAUACUGAUCCUACAUUGGACGUCAAGUCUUUCCAUGGAGGUCAUGCCCUUGAUAUAACGAUGCUGACAGCUACGUCUGAUGGUCGAAUUGUCUCAGUUGGCCUGGACCGUGCAAUCCGGGUCUGGAACGCCAAAUCUGCCAGUCUGCACUACACAAUCGCCAAAGGCGAGGAGUCCGAGGAUGCCUCGUUUCCGGUUCUAGCCAUGACCAUCGAUGACAACUCAAAGUGGUUGGCCAUAUUGUCUCGCUACAAGAUAGCCUUGUGGAAUCUCAAAGAGAAUGUCUGGGGGCCUUCGCUGUCUGUUAACCUCGAGGGUCAGAAAACAGAAGCCUUCUUCUUUGGCUCUUCCGAUCUAAAACGCGACAUUCCUAGGCUGAUACUAGUGCGUCGCAAUGGAACAUUGACCGAAUACAUACCAGACGCGGGAGAAGGAGCCGACUAUGGCAUAUGUCGAAGCCCACUGACCUGCGUGCGGCCCUUGAUAGAGAAGCGUAAGGAUAACCUACGAUUGAAUCUUGACCGCAAUACUGAUCCCAUGACUUUAAUAGGAAGCAACCAGGCGUCUCCAUUACUUGCCAUCAUUACCGCAUCUCGACGAGGCUGUGUUCAUGCAGCAACCAAGGAAACACUAUCUUGGAACUCUCGAAGUGUUGAACUGGAAGGAACUGAACAUGACGAAGUUCAUCAAGUGGUUCCUCUCGCUUCAUUGGGUCUCUUCCUGAUCGCUGGGACCAUCCGAGUUCAUCUUGUCAACAUGGAAGAUUACAGUCUCGUACAUACAUUUUUGACCGAGCGGAUGGCGCCGCGUUCCUUGCAGAGUGCAUUCUUUAGUCGCUCGUCGUCACGGCUAGGAAUCGAUGGGCUCGCCUGGUUCACCUUGUGUUAUACUAGCGCAGAGACAGGGGAUUGUGUAGUGCAAACAUUUGCCCCUCUCGAUGAUCAUGACAUGAUUUAUUACCAAAAUUCCGCGACACCAUCCAGUAGCGGAUGGUGUGCCUGGGAAUCUGCCAAGGAGACGAAGAAGCAUGUACAGAACCCCGGCUCAUGGAGUAUUUUGUCUGAUGGCAGUGUUGUGGGCAUACGACAAAAGUCAAAUAGGGCUCUCGACGCCCAGACUAACGGGCGACGGAAAACAGAAGGUCUUCGGCACCGAUCACCACGCAAAGAAUCAGGACGAGACCUUUUUGGACGCUGGGAGAUCUGGAGCGCUCCGCAGAGUGGCUUCUUGAGAAUGGAUGAGACACGGCCACUAUUCCAAGCCGAUGAAAGGGCAGGACAUUUGAUCGUGACAGAACUCGGCCCUGUGGUUCGAGUGGGCCAGCGAUCAAUCGCCUUCAGUUUUGGUAACGUGGUGAAACUGGUUACCGUCGGCGGGCACGAACGUUUCGACAACAGUGCGACAGAUAACGAUUCCGAGCACUUGAACGUUGGAAGUAGGCGCCGAAAGCCAGGGGCAUUAGUGCGACCCAGGGCUUGGAGCUAA